AUGAGUGUCCCUGUUGUAGGCCAACGUCGCUCAUUUGAUGGUCACUUAAGUACUAUCCGGUAUGUGGGCACCGUUCAAGGGACCACCGGCGAUUGGUUGGGUGUCGAAUGGGACGAUGCAAGUCGUGGCAAGCAUUCAGGAGAGCAUAAAGGCAUCAGAUACUUCUCAUGCCAAAGCAAACAUGCCACGGCGGGGUCGUUCGUUCGCCCCUCCAGACCUUCAGACCAGCCUUUGAGCUUUCUAGAAGCUCUACGGGGGAAGUAUGCUUCUGAAUCUGUGAAUAGCCUUGCCCACAAUGAUUUGGCCGGUGGAGCAACAGCUCGAGGCAAGGCAAUUGAAAUUAGUGGCAAGGUUGUCGAAGAAGUUGGCUUCGACAAAAUUCGGAAACAGCUCGCUGAGCUCCAAGAGUUACGGAUUGUCUUGCUUGAUGGCUUACGGGUUGUCGGGGUCAUUGCAUCUUACAACCAAGCUCAGGUCUUACAUAGCGAGGAAGCACAAAAGAUUGGAGAAACUUGUCCCAAGAUCACGGAACUUGAUCUCAGUCGAAGCUUAUUGAGCCGAUGGCGCGACGUUUGGGAUAUUUGCAAUCAGCUUAAGCACUUGAAGAAGCUGAAGUUGAACGGGAACCGAUUUCAAGCUUUGGAGGAUGACCUGAUAUUCAAGGGGAUCACUGAGCUACAUUUAGAAGAAAACCUGCUUAGCUGGGAUGAAAUUGCUGCCAUUGCACAUCGAUUCCCUAGCUUGACAUCUCUCACAGCAUCUGCGAACCAGUUUACUGAGAUAACCUGUCCACUCCCGGGCACUAUCACAACAUUAACCCUCGAGCACAACGAGAUCACCUCAAUAUCAGCUCUCCGACAUCUCGCCGCGCUCCCAAAAUUGGAACACCUCUCCAUUCGUGGCAACAACAUCAACACUGUGAACCAAAACACCACAGAUACAACCUUAGACUUCCAAUUCCCGCAAACUCUCCGCUCCCUUGAUAUAUCCCGCAACAACAUCACCUCCUGGACCAUCCUCAACAAACUCCCCACCGUCUUCCCGGGCCUAACCACCCUCCGGAUCACUGGUAACCCCCUCUUCGACCAACCACCACUCCCACCCUCUGUCACAGAAGCCUCUAAACCAAUGACCGUCGACGAAGCAUUUAUGCUAACCUUAUCUCGCUUCCCGUCAUCCCUCACUAUCCUAAACUACAGCACUAUCUCACCUCAAGACCGCUCCAAUGCAGAGAUGUACUACCUAUCCCUCAUCGGCAAAGAGCUCUCCGCCACGGCUGAAGAAGAAGAACCCGCCAUCCUCGCUACGCACCCGCGGUACAGCCAGCUGUGUGAGCUAUACGUUGAGCCGACUAUCACAAGAGCGGUUGUGUCGGAUUCCGGUGCGAGAGUCAUCCAUCCACGGUCCGUAGCAGCGCGAUUAGUUAAGAUGGCAUUCCACCUGCCACUUGGAAACGAUGAAUUCAAAAGCCAAGUCAAGGAGAUCCCGGGUUCGUUUGAUACCUACCAGGUCAAGGCGCUUGUGUCGCGGUUCUUCGGACUACCGGCGUUUGGGUUCCGGUUAGUCUGGGAGACGGAUGAGUGGGAUCCUGUGGAGAAGGAAGAUGGUUAUGAGGGUGUUGUUGAAUGGGAUGAGGAUAGUGAGGAUGGGGAUCGGUUUGAUAUUGGCUCUGGGAUUGAGACGACUGGGGAUGGUCCUGACAAGAGUCGGUUUGUGCGUAGGGAGGUGGAGCUGGUUGAUUCAACGAGGGAUAUUGGGUUCUUGUUUCAGGGUGAAGUGGGAGAGGUUAGGAUUCGGGUCGAGGUUAUUGAUUAUGCGUCUAAGAGGUAG